AUGCCGCCUGCCAAGGCAGGAGGGAGCGGGGAGGGCGGGGAGGAGGGAGGGAGGAGGCACGGCACGAUCGGCUGCUGCCCGCCGGGUGCCAGCGCCGGGUGCCGGCUCGGCACGGGGCUCCGCGGGCACCGAGCGGGGCUGCUGCCGGGCUGGCACACGCGGCCGGGGGGGCACAGGGGACCCCGCACAUCUGGUGUUUUUCCACAAAUUCUUCCAGGAAAGCCCAAGGUGUACCAAGGUGUGAGGGUCAAGAUCACAGUCAAGGAGUUGCUGCAGCAGAGGAGAGCACGACAAGCAGCCACUGGUUCAGCAGUUCCUUGGGACAGCAGCAGCAGCAGCAGCAGCAGCAUCCAGUUUGCAGAGCCUGUGUCUCCGCCUCACCCAGAGCCUUUUGAAGCAGAACCCAUCCCUUCUGUGCCCAGCUGCUGCCCACCCUGGCAGUUUCCCAGCUGCCUGUCCUGUGAGGAAAGCCCUGGGUACCUGGAGCAGCUGAUUGAUUCCUGCCUGCAGUCAGAUGCCCCCUCUGAGCCAGCCCUCAGUGCCUUCCAGCCAUCCCCACACUACACCCCAGACACCUUCCAGCCAGUCCAGCUCUGCUUCAACCAGGGCCUGGCUGCCAGCUCCCCCAGCUCAGCAGACCUGCCCAGCCCGUGGAGCUCCAGCUGCUCUCCCCCCCAGCUGUCUCCCCUCACCCCGCUGACCCCCAGCCCGCCCUACAGCUGCCCCAUGGAGGAGUGCUGCCUGGAGCUGCUGCCACCCCUGGCCGUGGCCGAGGACUUCUUCAGGAGGGACAGGAGCUGGGACAUCUGCUACAGCUAAUGGGGGCUGUGGUUUCACACAUCCACUCUAUCCAAAUCAGAUCAAAUUGCCCAUGAACUAUGCAAAGUUUGCUGCCUAACACAGCCCAGUUUAUCCUUCACUACUCACACUUUUUUACACGAUGCUGUCACUACAUUGAUCUACGGUCAGGGGGGGUUUGUUGGUGGUUUGGUGGUUUGGUGGGGUUUUUUCCCUGUUUUUUUUCAUUGUUGCUCUUUUUUAAAAUAAAUCU